AUGAUUACACUACAACUUAAUCAAAGUUAUACAUGUGAUGCUCAACAUGCACCUUCCAUCAGUCCAAUUCUCAUGAAAGCUGCUAAGGAUUGCCUGAAUGAAGGAAUGUUUCAUUUCUAUGAUGGAUGUUUGCGUAGAUGUAUAACUGACACUGUGAUCUUACCUCUAUCUCACUAUCAAGAUCUUGAGGAACUUGUUUAUGGAAAAAUUUUCCCUGUUAUCGUCAUGUUUGCUAUUGUAUCGAAUAUGACUGUUGCUGUUGUGUUAUCGAAAAAACAUAUGAUCACGUCAACGAAUCUUGUUCUCAAGUACAUGGCUGUCGCUGAAUUGCUUGUUGGACUAAUCCCCUUACCUUGGACACUUUUCUUUUUCACAAUGAAACAUUAUGAGCACAAUGAAGAUCUGGAACUUUGGUGGUGUUACUUAAACAAAUACAGUAUGGAUGCUCUUCCUCCAAUAUUUCAUAAUAUUGCUAUGUGGUUGACAGUUCUUCUUGCCGCUCAAAGAUAUGUGUCCAUUUCUUAUCCCAUGUAUUCUCGUUCAAUAUGCAAUCUUCGUAACGUUCGUAUAGCUACACUUGUCAUCACGGCUGUUUCAUUUGGCUGUGGACUCCCGAAAUCAUUCGAUUAUUAUUUGGAUGUGGUAGAUUCCUGGGUCUUAUCUGGAUUUUUUCCAGAUUUUAGAUAUACGCGAGCUUGCACUAGUAAAGCAACUCCUUUCUUGCUUUUUGUCGGACCUACCUUGUUCUAUAAUAUCUACUUCUGGACAAGAACUAUAUUUUUCAUCACACUCCCCAGCAUCCUUCUUGUCAUUCUUAACAUUCUUCUUAUCAGACAACUCCGCUUAGCUGAACUUCGCAAGAUUCGUUUACUGAAGGAAAAACGUAGUGAAGAAGCUGCUCGUCAACGUGAUAUCAACUCUACUAGUUACAUGCUUGUCUUUAUUGUUUCCCUGUUCUUGAUUGUCAAUCUUCCUCAAGCUGCUUUCAUGGGAGUCCUAUGUGUUUGUGAAACAUUCCAUAUUCGUGUAGCACUAUUGGAUGGUAUUUUUCCAGCGGUUUUCUUGCUUUCCAGUAAUAUGCUUGUCAUGGCUACUUAUCCUAUCAAUUUCGGAAUAUAUUGUUUCAUGUCUAGCAGUUUCCGUCAAACUUUCGAAGACAUAUUCGUUCCAACCUGGUUUAUCCAUUUCCGCAAUGCUAUGCAAACUGAAAGAACUGCUACCAGAUCGGUCAUGGAAGAAAGAAACGAAGCCACCGAACAUCUUAUGCUCUCAGAUGUUCCUAGUGCUCGUUAUUACGCUAAACGUGCAAGUGUAUACUGA